AUGGCGAGCGGCAUCCCGCCUGGGGUCAUAUCGCUUCUGACGGUGCAAACGCAAAUUCUGAGAUUGUCUGGCCUGAAGUAUUUCCCACUCUCUGUGGAAAGCGCAAUAGAUGUUAACCGCUCGAGCUUGCGGCCAAUUCUUUCAAUGCCACCCCAUUCAGGUGCCCGACCAAUCGAGCUGACAAGUUAUUGGAGGAAUUCCGCGAUGGACGAGUCCGGGUUCGUGGCAAGAGUGUCUUGCAAACGACUCGCUCCAACGCGAUACGAAAACUCAAAUUUCAUGCGAGAGCCCGGAUCAGAUCUUCCGACUCAUGCUUUUGCCUGUAACUUCCACCGCCAUGGACGGCUCAACACCGAUGUCGUCGUGGCCAACUUUUUGAAUCGGAGAGUUGCUAAAAGGCUUUCGGUGCCGUCAACGGCAGAUCCUACAAACGAGAUACCCGCGAUCAUAUUGAGCUCUAGGUUCUUCCAAGGCGAGUAUGGGGAAGCAUUAGCCAGGGUAUGGGCAUCGAAGGAGAUGAAGCAUGUGUCCGCAUUGGUCUGGGGCGCCGAGACCGGGUAUCUAAGUUCCAUGACCGAGUGGUUCAGGAGCAUCAUUGGGGAGGUUAUCAAGACGUGCCUCUUGUGA